UCACGAGUGAAAUUACGCAUCGAUCAUGGAUAAGAACAUGCACAGAUCCACUAUACACAUAUUAACGGUCACAUGGGCUUGAAAACUUCCCCCUCAACGUGAACACAUUGAAACCAAGCUGCACUCUUUACUCCUACAUAUCCCGCGCCUGUCAACCCAUUUUUGGCAGUCUCAACUCUUAUUGACACUCCUCCCCUACUCACUCAUCUUCCUCAGACCCAACCUGAAACAAGCCAUGGAGAAUUGCAAAAGAUCCUCGUUAAAGCCAUGGAAGAAAGGCCCCACUAGAGGCAAAGGUGGCCCUCUGAAUGCCUCGUGCAAGUACCGAGGUGUUCGACAAAGAACAUGGGGCAAAUGGGUUGCCGAAAUUAGAGAGCCUAAGAAGAGGACUAGACUCUGGUUAGGUUCUUUUGCCACCGCCGAAGAGGCUGCCAUGGCUUAUGAUGAGGCUGCAAGGAGAUUGUAUGGACCAGAUGCUUACCUCAAUCUUCCUCAUCUUCAACCCAACCCCAACCCCAACCCUCUAAUCAAGUCCCAAAAGUUCAAAUGGUUUCCUUCCAAGAAUUUCAUUUCCAUGUUUCCUUCUUGCGCGUUGCUUAAUAUAAAUGCCCAGCCUAGCGUUCAUGUCAUUCAUCAGAGGCUCCAAGAACUUAAGCAAAAUGCGGUUCAAAGCCUAACACCCUCUACCAGUUCAUCUUCAUGCGAUUCAAAAGCUAAAAUCCAGACCAUGAGUGACCAAAUAGAAAACCCAACAGUUAAGAGGAAAGAUGCAGAAAUUUCAUCAGACAAGAUGCUGGGAGCUUGUGAUGAGAAACCACAGAUUGAUCUCAAUGAGUUUCUUCAGCAGUUGGGUAUACUGAAAGACGAGAGACAGUCAGAAUCAACCGAUGCCACACUAAGCUUUGCAGUGCCAGAUGCGGCAUUGAAAGAAUGUGAUGACGAACUUGGACCUGGAACCUUUGCCAACAAGAGUUUUAACUGGGAUUCAGUGAUCGAGAUGCAUGGGAUUACAGAUCAAGGAGCAGAAGCCGGUAACCUCCAAGUUUGUGACUUUAAUGAAGAGAUCAGUUUCUCUACUUCCAUCUGGAAUUUCUGAGAGGAUCAGCUGCUUUCGGGAAGAAAUAGUAUUUAGCUUUGGUGGAGUUGGAAAUUACUUCGGCUUGAAAUCUACUACCAGUUUCAUCACUCUCACGUACGUAGCAUUUCAAUCUCCUAGUAGACAUCAGUUCACUUUCACUUUUUCUGUGUGUGUGAGAGAUGAGGGAGAGAGAGAGGGCUUAGUUAGAUUUUUAAAGGCUGCGAGAAAUUUGUUGUUCUACUUCUUGUGGCUGCGAAACUAAAAUUGGCCUUGGUUUUAACCAAUGGUUAAGGUGAACUGAUCAACACUUUGAUCAUUUUUCCGAUCACUAUAAUGGCCAUCUUUGCAACAACGCAUGUUUUUGCUCGGGUCCUACCCAACUGAGGGAACUUACAGGGAAAAUCUUAGAAGUGGGGGCUUUCAACAUCUUAGAUUAUAAUUGGAAGAAAUUUGGGCAUAAAGAUAGAUUAAACAAAGCAGUUGUAUGAAAAAGGAAAUGGAAAAAGUGAGGCUUACGCAUAGAAGCCAUGAUUGCCACAGUAGUUUCCAGAUGAAUGAAUAUUCAGGAUAUAAAUCUAUGCUUGGAUCUGUUCUAAGUAUUAAAUAGUAGCAAAAAACAGUGGGCAAUGAAGAUGACUCACGAAGGCAAAAACUUUGAACAAAAAAAAAAAAAACCAGAUGUAUACAUUCUUGGCCUUUAUGAAAAAGCUCAAAUACGUCAUAUUCAAAAUGUGAAACAUUAGUUAAACAUUCCCAUUGAGUUUUUGACAAUUCCCCAGAAAAGAAGAAUGGAGUUGAACCUUGAUGAGGAAGUUUAAGCAUUACUAUGAAAGUGCAAAGAUAACUGGUCUUUUACUUUUGACACAAUGAACACAAUGCACGGUAGAGAUGAAUAAGAUGGGUCCAACAGCCUAGUUUCCAGACAACUUUGCAUGUCAAAAAUAGCAAGUUGAAACAACUUUUUUUUUUUUGAUAAGUGCAAGCAAGUUGAAACAACUUUUCAUCCA